AAGAUGCACUGGUCCCCGGAGCACGCCACCCCCCUGUCCCAGUGGCCUGAACAACACCUAGAUGUCUCCUCUACCACCUCACCCCCCUCUGCCCACAAACAUGACCCCUACUCCGCUACUGCUCGACGCGGUUAUGCCUCGACAGGCUACCCUUGGGCCAGCGAUGACAUAUCAGCCCUCACUGCAUCAUCUCUGCUCAAACGCUAUGCUGAAAAAUACUCAGGACUGGACAUACCCUAUGAACGGCCCACCACAGGUGCUUACUCAGAACCUGGACCUUUACUGAAAACUGAAUCUGAGCCCUGGGCUCUGGGCCAGGCCAUGGAUUGUUACCCUGGGCUGGAGGCCUUAACCGGUGCCAAGGUGGGCUCUGUAUCUUUGGGCCUCCCAGCCACCGGCAGUGUAACAGUAGUAAGCAGUAACUUGGCAUCUGACCCGUGUUACAGUGGUGCAGGCACCUGCAGCACCCCCUCAUCUCAGGACUAUCCUCCUGCUUACAACAGCACCUAUCUGUCCUCAGGAUACUGCCCUCAGCCAAGCGCAGCACUUCCCCCUGCUCCCCUACACUCUUUGCAGCCCACAGCCACCCUUGUGCCCAGCUACAGUCCAAGCACUCCUGUCUACAACUACCCUCCAGGGUGCUACUCCCACAGUCAAACUACCCUGGCUUCUGGCUAUAGUCACCCUAGUGCCUCCUACCUGUCCUCUGGGAUUACUGCACCCACUCCUUUGGCUCCUAGACCCACUGUAGUGGGGGGCAGUUACAGUUAUCCUUCUCACAGCCUUGGAGGGUGUUCUGAUUCAGGGGUGCCUCUGAAACGCAAGGCCUUCGAGAUGGCAGAGGAGGAGGAGGAAGGAGGAGAGGCAGAAGGCUCACGCUAUCGAAAAUUCGCCAACAGCCACGGAGGCAGCAGCCAGAGCAAAGGUCCUGGCAACGGGCACGGUAACGGCUACGAUAUGAGCAGUUCUGCUCCAGAGCAGCAAGUCUACAAGACCGGAAAGCCCCUGAUGUCACCGCCAUAUGGUGGGACAGGGGACUACAGCCCCCCAUCAGGCCUAGCUGGAGAGAGUGGAUCGGGGGAGCACAGCUUUCCACACCAGCAGAGGAUGUCUAUGAAGAUACCUGCAUCGCACACACGAUCCGAGGAUCCCACCGGAGGGCGCUGACAGCCUGCUAGGCUGGCAUUUGAAAUGAAUAGACCUGGAGUCCCUCAGUUUUCUUACAAAGACAGGCUCUUAACCCAG